AGGAUGCUGACAUUUAAAGCCACAGCUCAGCUCUUCAUCCUGGGCUGCACGUGGUGCCUGGGCGUCCUGCAGGUGGGUCCAGCUGCCCACGUCAUGGCUUACCUCUUCACCAUCGUCAACAGCCUGCAGGGCGUCUUCCUCUUCCUGGUGUACUGCCUCCUCAGCCAGCAGGUGCGGGAGCAAUAUGGGAAAUGGUUCAAAGUGAUCAGGAAAACAAGAGCCAAGUCUGAGAAAUACACGCUGUCCAGCAAGGUCGUGUCUGAUGCCUCCCAGCCCACCAUGGUGAAUUAAAAUAUAUCUUGACUUAUAUCCACUUAUCCCAUGGAAUAUUGGAACUGUUAUUCUCUGAGCCAUUGAGAGGAAAAACAAGACUUUGUUUCGUGUGUUUCAAGAAAUUCACCAUGUCAACAACGUGAAAGAAGUCAAUCAUGUUUGACACUCAAGAUCUGCAAAAUUUGGAAUUUUUCUGUAUCCUUCAGUGUGCUCGGAAGACUUUUAACAUUUAAAGGGCCAGAUGUGGCUCAAUUUCUUCGUCACUUUGGGUUAUGUCUUUUUCUGAAGCCUCUCCUUCCUACAAAGUCCCUUCCAGAUGCUGAACAUCUAUGAACAGGAAAACCCAACUUAAUGGAUUUUCCUACCAAAACCAUCCAUAAGAAUGGAAAAGUUCACACCAUAGUAUGGAUUUUGAAAUUUCUUUGUUCUGCUUUCUGUGGGUUAAAUUAUUCACUCAUUCAAAGAUACUGAUUUCUCACUAGGUCUAAGGCUGAGACCAAGGGAGACACAGGUUUUGCCUUCAUAGAGAUUUUGGGGGCAAUAAAGUGAUUUUUUGCAGCUAGAGUCGACUCAGAGGUUGAAAUAUUCCUACAAAUCACAUCUCUAUAGCUGAACAAUUGAAGUAUAAUCCAUUUCACAGACACCAUCUUGUUUAAUCCUCACAUGAUGAUACAGAUAGUUUGAAAACUCAGAUCAUGAUAUGUAUGUUUUCAACUUUGUGGGCCAGUGUUUUAGGCAAGGUUGUCCAGAGAAAUAGAACCACUGGACACACACACACACAUGCACAGACACGUGUUUUUGUGAAUUGAGUUAUAAUAAGGUAUGGACUCACGUGAUUAUGGAGCUAAGUCCCACAAUCUGCUGUCUGUAAGCUGGAGACUCAGGAAGACAGUGGUGUAGUUUGAAGGCGUGAGAGCCUGAGAACUGAUGGUGUAAAUUCCAUUCUGUGUCUGAAGGCCUGAGAACCAGGUGUGUUGAUUCUAAAAGAUGGAUGUUCCAGUCAAACCAUCAGCCUGAGUUAAUUCAAUCUUUCUCCAAUUUUUAUUUUAUCAGGCCCUCAAGGGACUGGAUGAUGCCCAUCCACCUUGGAGAGGGCCUUCUCUUUAACCCCAUCCAACUCACAUGCUAAUCUCUCCUGGAAAUACCCUUACAGAUGCACCCAGAAUUCCUGUUUAACCAGAUAUCUGGCAUCCUGUGGCCCAGUCAAGUUGACACAUAUGAAAUUAACCAUCAUGGCUAGAAUCUAUAGCAAAAAUUUAACUCUGACAUUGUAGCAUGAAAACCUGUAUAAUGAAUGAUCAUGACUGUGUUUUAAUAAAACCUUAUUUUUGGACACUGACUUUCA